AUGCAGUGUGUACUAUGUCAAGUUUCUGAUUUGGAGUUUAAAUCCCCCAGGCCCAAAUCCUCUCCAUACUGCCAGCAGCGUUUUCUGAACAAUCUCACUGCCUUCAUUGUCUUAUCCUUUAUGGCUACAUCCUGCUUUGUAAACACAUUUUUGAUAGCUAUUUCUUAUAGUUUAAUGAGGUGUGCUCCUCACAAUUGUUUGGCUUUUGGCAAAAGCAAUGUUUAAUCAUUUUAUUUUAGCCAAGUUCAAAAUAAGUUGAUUUGAUUAUGAUGAAAGAGAGAUGGCAGUAGAGACAAGCUUUGGACAUUCCUAUCCUCCUCUUAGUUCAAUCAGAUGUUUAUUUAUUUUAAUUGUAUUUUACCUUUAUUUAACUAGGCAAGUCAGUUAAGAACAAAUUCUUAUUUACAAUGACGGCCUAUGCCGCCCUAUGGGACUCCCAAUCACGGCUGGUUGUGAUACAGCCUGGAAUCGAACCAGGGGGUCUGUAGUGACGCCUCAAGCACUGAGAUGCAGUGCCUUAGGCCACUGCUCCACUCGGGAGAUUGGGACAUUGCAUUCCUUGCAACAAUCUAAAUGUACAUAUAAAGUAUGUGGGUUGUUCCACGAAAAGAGUGCCGUUUGCUUCCCUUUGAUAUUUAAAGUAAAAAUUGUGCACCAAUAUAGAAUUUUAAGAGCCUUUUUAUAUUGAAGUGCCCUUUAAUAUAGACCACAUGGAGAAUUCUAGAAAUCAGAUUUUUAAUAUGAAUAAAGGCUUGCUAAAAUGCAGCAUUUUGUCAUGUUCCAGAUUUUAACCCACAUAAUCCAAACAUUUCUCCAAGUUAUUUUGUUGCUUUGACAGUCAUUUCUGAAGAUGUUUUAUUUUAUUUCAUUUGAUUAGUGAUUCAUUUACAUCUGUCCCACAUUUUAAGGUCAACCCUGUUAUGUGAACUGAACUCCUGUUUUAAUAUGGUGAAAACAUUUGUUUGUAAAUAUUGUUUUCUAAAGAAACAUUGAACAUCUAAUAGUCAAAUCACAGUGUAAAAGCAGUUGAGCUGGUUCUACAAUUUUUUGCCAUUUUCUGUUGUUUUGUGGUGGAAAACUGAGCGGUCGAGCAUAACAUGUCAAUCCUGUUACCCAUAGAUAGACAGGCUAGAAAUGUUUUCGCAAUAAUAAAAAAUGGUGAAGCUUGCAUUCAAUUGCCACUCCCUGUUGCACACAAUAAUCUUCCAUUCCCCCUGUCACAAGGGGAUUUAUGGCUGAUUUAAGAUUAAAUCGUCAACCCUGUUACAGUCAACACCUGUUACGGUCAACCGUGUUACUUUACUUACUAUAGGCACUUACUAUAGUAAUUUUUUUAUUUAACCUCUUGAGAUGGCAACGUGUUUUUUAAAAUUAAGUUUAACGUGCUCUUUAUGACAGAAUGUUAAAAUUAGGUGAAAUAAAACGUUUUUUUGACCAAGUUACACUCCUCAAAAGGCACCGAAUUGGUACAAGAUUCAGUUAUUGGAAACCACUUAUCCCACAUCUACAAAUGGUAAGAGACACAAGUAAUUGGCACCUGUUUGUCUGAUGAAACUCUGCCUCCUGACCAGGUUUUGCAGUAACAUUCAUGCUGAUAGACCCAGUGCCCCAGAGCUUCAGGGCAGCCUACCAUUGGUUUGGACUUGUGUAUUUUGGCCAGGGACUGUGCACCAUCAACCUGCCUGCACAACAGUGU